AUGAUAAGCACCAAUCUCCUAUCCCACACCCAAUCAUCUCAUCCAUGGCGAGCAAAUCCAAAUCAAAUUCGACGAAUUUCUGAAUAUCCUACAGUCCACCAAUACAAUUAUGAACGUCCUCCACUGCCUAAAAGAUAUCCUCAAUGCAUUUCACAUCGUCGAUCAUCACCAUGGACUCCGAGAGUGGAUUAUUUGCAAAAUUCAUCGUUGACACAAUUUGCUUCAUCAACAUCGCGAGAUAGCUUCGGUUCCUUUUUCAAACCUAAACAUGCUUCAAACAACGAAAAUAAGCAACGAGAAAAAUUCAAUCUGCGUCGUGCUAUUCUACUCUUAUCCUGUUGUCUCGGAGUUCUUCUUCUUCUCGGGUUAUUACUUGCUUUACUCCUUGGACUUCUUCAAAAGAAUCAACCUUCGACAACAACCGUUACAACACACACAAUAACAACAACAGUAACAACUUCUUCUACUACCUCAUCACUAGCAACAACGACUACAACGGACACAAGCACCACGACGGAAACGACUACAGUAACGACAAGUACAACAACUUCUACACAGAGUACAACAAGCACGACAAGCACUUCAAGUACAACAACUGCAACCACAUCUUCGACAACAGUUACAACAACGACUGCAUUCAAUUGUGCUUCAACAAUCACUUCGACUUUGGGCUCGUAUUCAAAAACUGAUUGUCCAGAUGGCCGUUGGCAUACAUUUUCCAAAAGUUUUGCUUCAUCAUACACCGGCCUACGCACACUCGUUUUUGCCUUCACCAAUAUUAAACAUGCAGUUAUGUAUCUAACGAAUAUCAAAGUGUACGAUGCUAGUAAUACUCAACUGAUAAGCAAUGGAGAUUUUUCUUCCUCGUCUGGUGUUCUACCAACAAAUUGGCUCAAAUGUUCAGACAAUGGACAAGUAGAUUCGACAUGCACUCGUAACACAUCCAUUUCAUGUUAUACGAUUUCGGCAGCUGGUGGGACGAUAUCACAAUCAUUUGCAGUUGUAUCCGGUGCGAAUUAUACGAUUAGUUUUGAUCUUUAUCAUGAUGCUCCAAGUGGUAAUAGUGAUCAAAUCAAUUUAGAUAUUUCUGCUGUCUGA